UAAUUCACACACUUCAUACUAUUAGCCAUGGCCUCAAAUUCCUCCCACCUUCUACUAAUCCUUCUCUUCAUUCUCUCACUCAUCAAUCCCUCCCUCCAAGAUUACUACACUCCCCAAAAGAAAAACAUGAACGUAAUCGAUUCGUGCUGGCGUCAAACCUCCAAUUGGGCCAAAAACCGAAAAGCCUUAGCCGACUGUGCAGUUGGCUACGGCAAGGACGCAAUCGGAGGCAAAUUUGGCACCAUUUACACUGUCACUGACCCAUCUGACAACCCUUCAAACCCUAAAUAUGGAACGCUACGUUACGGUGUGAUCCAAGACAAGCCAUUGUGGAUUGUGUUUGGGAAGGACAUGGUGAUUGUGUUGAAGAAUGAGCUGAUGGUAAAUAGUUUCAAGACCAUAGAUGGACGUGGGGCUAAAGUGGAAAUUGCUUAUGGGCCUUGUAUUACGGUGCAAGGGGUUAGCCAUGUUAUUAUACAUGGAAUUAGUAUUCAUGAUUGUAAGCCUGGGAAAGCUGGGCUUGUUAGAGACACUGUAUCGCAUAUUGGGAAACGGAAAGGGUCUGAUGGUGAUGCUAUUGCUGUGUUUGGUUCUUCACAUGUUUGGAUUGAUCAUUGCUAUUUAGCACGAUGUACUGAUGGUCUUAUUGAUGUUAUUCAUGCUUCCACUUCUGUCACUAUCUCAAAUAACUACUUCUCUCAACAUGAUAAGGUGAUGCUGCUUGGACAUAAUGAUGGGUUCACUGAUGAUAAAAUUAUGAGGGUCACCAUUGUUUUCAACCGCUUUGGUGCUGGUCUCAUUGAGAGGAUGCCCAGGGUUAGGUUUGGUUAUGCCCAUGUAGCCAACAAUAGAUACGACGAGUGGAAAAUGUAUGCCAUCGGUGGAAGUGCAAACCCCACAAUCUUCAGUGAAGGAAACUACUUUGUAGCUCCUCAAAAUUCUUAUGCCAAACAGGUUACAAAGAGGGAGGUUAAUAAUGGGUGGAAAAAUUGGAAAUGGAGAUCCUCCAGAGAUGUGUUCUUAAAUGGCGCUUAUUUUGUGCCAUCAGGAUGGGGAAGCUGCAGCCCAAUAUAUACAAAAGCUCAGUCUUUUCCAGUGGCUCCUGGCUCUAUGGUUCCUGCUUUGACUGCAAAUUCCGGCCCACUUCGCUGUUUUAUUGGCAAAGCUUGCUAAUUGAGAACUCGCCUUGAUCGACUUUUUACGUGCGUAAAUUUUUUUAACCACUUAAAAGGUCAUUGAAAUGUAAUUUCCCUCGGUUUGUUUUUGUUUUUAUUUUUUGUUUUGGUUUUUGAUAUAUAUAUAUCAAAGUGCUAUACCCUAGCUUCUUUUGAAGCAUGUGAGUAUUUAAUUUGGGCACUCCAAGAAGGAAGAACUUUUUUGGUUUCAUGAGACAUAUAAAUAUUGAUGAUAUAAAACUACAAGAGUUGUGUAUAACUGAUUUCUACAAAAUUGUAUAAUCUAUAGUUUUGAGUAAAUGUUUAAUAAACAACAAUUAUAUAUAUUUAUGCAUGUAAAAAAAAAAAAAAAAAAAAAUUU